AGGAGGGAGCGGAGCGGGAGGAGCCCGGAGCGGCAGCAGCGGAGCGGCGGGGGCUCCGUGUCGCAGGGGUGGCGGUGCCAGCCCUGCCAUGGCCACGUUGGUCUAUGGGAUGCUCCUGGGGCUGGCCCUGUGUGCACUGAGCAGCACUACUUUCCUCUACCACGACUACUGUGUCAUCGGGGCCGGCCCCGCGGGCCUGCAGGCAGCCUAUUUCCUCCAGCAAGCCGGGCGGGACUAUGUUGUCUUCGAGCGGAGCCAUGCACCUGGCAGCUUCUUUGCCCUCUACCCUCGCCACCGCAAGCUCAUCAGCAUCAACAAGCAGUACACGGGCAAAUCCAACAGCGAGUUCAACCUCCGCCACGACUGGAAUUCUCUCCUCAGCCAUGAUAGGCGGCUGCUUUUCCGACACUACUCGCGUGACUUCUUCCCUCACGCUGACACGAUGGUGCGUUACCUGGAGGACUUUGCAUCCCUGCUGGAGCUGCGGGUUCAGUACAACACAGCCAUCAUCCACGUGACGCUGGAGAGAAAUGAGCAGGCCUGGAAUGGCCACUACUUCCUCCUGACUGACCAGGACAGGAAGAACUACAAGUGCAGCUCUUUGUUGGUUGCCACUGGGACGUGGGUCCCCAAUGUGGUAAACUUCCCUGGCUCAGAAUAUGUUGAGGGUUACGAGACUGUGUCCAUCAACCCGGAGGAUUUUGCUGGCCAGACCGUGUUGAUCUUGGGACGAGGGAACUCAGCCUUUGAGACAGCAGAGAACAUUCUGGGGGUCACGAAUUUCAUCCACAUGGUGAGCCGGUCCCGCGUGCGCCUCUCCUGGGCCACCCACUACGUCGGGGAUCUGAGAGCAAUUAACAAUGGACUGCUGGACACCUACCAGCUGAAAUCUCUGGAUGGGCUUCUGGAGGGCGACCUGGAAGAUCUGGCUAUUGUCAAGGACAAAAAAGGAAAGCUGCACAUCACACUCCGGUUCUACCUGGAGAAUGGGAACAUCAGCGCAGGCAUCGAUUCCAUCACCCUCCCGCAGGAUGAACUGGACAAUUUUGCCACCCGGGCACCUUACGACCGUGUCAUCCGCUGCCUGGGCUGGAAGUUUGACUUCUCCAUCUAUAACAGAUCCCUUAGAAUGAUGCCAGGAAAAGGGAAUAUUAAAAAGUAUCCUCAGAUCAAACCCAGCUAUGAGUCCAGAGGCACUCGGGGGCUCUUUGUUCUCGGCACUGCUAGCCAUUCUGUUGACUUCAGGAAAUCUGCUGGGGGCUUCAUCCAUGGAUUCCGGUAUACAACUCGCGCAGUCCAUCGCCUAUUGGAAAACCGUCACCAUGGUGUCCCCUGGCCAUCCACAGUCUACCCUAUUACACAGCUGACCAAUUCCAUCAUCAAGCGGGUGAACGAGGCCUCAGGCCUCUACCAGAUGUUCAGUGUCCUGGCUGACAUCAUACUGCUGAGAGAGAAUGCCACAGCAUUUGAAUACCUGGAAGAGUACCCCAUUGGAGUCCUAGCCGAGCUGGAAAUGCAGACUGGGAGAAAGGCUCCCAACGGGCUCUUUGUCAUCAUCAUGGAGUAUGGGAGGAAUUUCUCUGGGGCUGACAAGGAUGUCUUCUACUACAACCGUGCCGUGGGAGAAGCACAGCAUGCCUGGCAGUCCAACUUUCUACACCCUGUUAUUUACUAUUACAAACACCUCCCAACAGAGCAUGAGAUGAAACUCCGGCCGCCAGAGUGGCCUCUCCCUCGUCCAGAUGCCAUCCAUCACAUUGUGGAGGACUUUCUGACAGACUGGACAGCCCCAAAUGCUCACAUCCUGCCACUGAGGCGCUUUUUGGAGAACUGCCUCAGCACCGACCUGCGCAGUUUCUUUGCAGAGUCCUGUUUCCUGUUUGCCUUCACCCAUCAGAAGCUGCCCCCCUUCUGCCAGCAGGGAUACAUGAGGAUGCAGGGGCUCCUGGGCAACGAGGGGCUCCGGCGCCACGCGGUGCAAGCUGGACUACUGCAGGAUUACACUCUCACAGAUUUUUCGGGUGACAGACCCCCUGACAGCCACGACAGGUCAAGGGACCAGUUGCUGAGAGAUCAAGUCAUUCCAAUUCGUCCACUGCAACAUCUAGUCAAGGCCAAGGAUGAGCUUUGACCUUUCUUGCUCUACACUGAAACCUAGAGCUGUUGUGACAGUACUGUAACAGAGAUCCACAGCAGGAUUCUGCCCUUUUCCUGUGCCCUUUUUCCAUCCUCAUGCCUUCCCCUAAUCAUGAGUUGCCAAAGACCUGCUCAGAUCUUGCUGUUACGAAGAGGACCAACAUCUUUUGAAGAAUGAGCAACGGGCCAAAAUCCAGUGAUGCUGAGGCUCCUGCGUUGUCCUUGCAGAGCUCAGAGUUGCCUGAAAGUGGUGUUUGUGUUUAUCUGACUGACCAGUAUCUGCAGUGACGUACAGAGGUCACAGAAGAGAGUUCAGGAACACCUGGGAAACUUAAAAUGUCACGUUCCCCUUUGGAGGUGACCUGCUUGCACCCUGUGGAGCCUGGUGCAGGCUCUCUGGUCCCUGGAUGCUAUACCCUGUGUAUACUUGAAGAUUUGUUCCUGCAUCGGGUCCCGAAGUGGUACUCUGGGCAAACUUCCAGUAUUUUUCUUGCAUUUGAGUUAGGGCGGUUGUGUAGCUUCAGUGGGGAGGGGUGUUUUUUAGUUACCAUAUAGGUCAGAUAAUUUGUCAUUUCCCAGAGAGCACUACAAGGGACCCUUCCCUCCACAGUGGAUGAGUAGCUUGCCUGGAAUGCCUGGGACACAGAGACUGACACUGACUUCAGCUACACUGUCCUCAUGUUUUUCUUCUCCCACACCAGGCAGCCUGGAAGGUUAGCCCUUUGUCUUUUAUAAAGCAUGACCAGUAUUUCUGCUGUUUGCACUAUGUCCCAUCAAGAAAGUUUGACGUUGUUAAAA